CCAGUCGCCCGCCGACCGCGAGUCAGAGCGCACGCGCGAACGCCUUUGUUAUUUUGUUUACAUCCUACAUCGCCAUUCGGCGCCGAGCGCUCCGCCCGACCUCGCAAAACAUUGUGAAGUGUAGUGAAUAUCUACGAAUUCAGUAAAAAAAAGGAUUGUUCGCUUUUACGGGUGCUGGCCUGCGAUGGGAUGGCGGCGGGCUGCGCGCGCGCCGCGGUCGCGCUGCUGCUGCCGCUGGCGCUCGCCGACGUUAUUUUCCGGGUACCUGAAGUUAUGGUCCGACACGCAGCUAACACGAAAUCAGUAGGAACGGGGCGAACGAACACAAGCCGCGCCAACGACUCCGAGGCCGAGGCCUACGAGGGCCUACUGGAGGUCCGCUAUGAAGAGUACUUCGUGGAACACGAGAUAUCGACACCUGACGCUAGGAAGGCCGCCGUAGCGCUGGACUUGGAUAAAGUACCGGAAACCCUGCCGGGCUGCGGCACCUGCUCCAAACGUGAGCUCCAGUACUGCGAGACCCGAGUGCUGGCGGACCACUGCUGCUGCGAGCGGCAGGCGUUCCCGGAGCCUUUCCCCUGGCUCCCUCACACCUGCUACAUGGGACCGGGCCGGUGCAAGCCGCUGAUGCAUGACUGUGCCAAGUACAAGAGGAUACGGGACUGUUGCUGCUAUAGGAAGCUGGCUGAGAGAUGGAAGCAAAUCCUCUCUAGCUCAGGUCGGACGGGUGUUAGCGGCGCGUCCCUUCUCCUACUGUCGAUGCUGCUCUUUGUGGCGUAUCUGUGACAGCAGGCGCCCCCGCCAGCCCGCCUGCCCGUGCCAGUAUAGUCUCUAACUCCAAUGAUAAGACAAUACGACAGGCGUCAGCGUGUUCCUGCUUCUGCUGUCCAUGCACCUACCUCUUCGUCGCCUAUCUGUGACAAAAGGCGGCACAACCUAGUCUCUAAAUUCAGGAGAAAAGACAGUAUAACACGACGGGCCAGCGUGUUCCUCUGCUUCUACUGUCCAUGCUUCUCUUCCCGGCCUAUGACACCGAUGUGACAACCAACACUUACAAGGUUGACAGUCCUCAACUGUGCGUUUCUCCAGAAACUACCUGCAUUGCACAGCUCAACUGUGGAAUAAACUGUCGCGUGCGGUACUUCCGGACCGAUACGACCUUCAAACUUUCAAGAAAAGAGCGUACUCCCAUCUUAAAAGCCGGCAACACACUUACAACCUCUCUGGUGUUGCGGGUGUCCAUGGGCGACGGUAAUUGCUUGCCAUCAGGCGUUUCGUGACAUACAACGCCGGCACAUGGGCGGGAGAAUAAUGUAAUUACGCACGUGUGAUAGAAAUAGGAAAACUUUACCUAUUGUGGUACGAUUCAUACGUUUGUAAAUAUUUAGCAAUGAGAUAUCGUAUAGAAUCCAUUUCUGUUGACGUUCUAGAGUAAGGAAAAAAAAUAUGCAAUAGAUUUCGUGUCAACUACUCGUGUGUGUUUUCGAGUUUACUAGUGUUUCAGUACCAAAAUUACAGGAUGUACACGUUAUUUAAGUAGCUAUAGACAUAUAAAUCCUACAACCCUUGCAUUGUCUUGAAGGCCUUACACCCUAUCCUCGAAAGGCCCACGGUCCUACCCGUACUAAUUGCUUCAAAGUAAUUUAAACCAUUUUCCAUUAAAAUAAAGUUGCAUUUCUUUUAUUUCGUUCGAUUUCAAAACAAAAGAAAUUCAACCAUAUUUCCUUCACUAUGUCAAAUUCAAAUGGCCUUUUUUUGUUCAGUGGGCCUUAGAAGGCUACGGUUGGACACAUAUUUGUUAUAUUUAUUCUAUAUCUAUGAAAUUAAAAUGUCAUAUUUAUUGAAACAGGGUUGUUCAAUAGUAUUUUAAUCAAUAUUUCGUCAUAGCUAAUAAUCAUAUAAUACAUUCUCAAAUGAAUAUUUAUAAAUAUACCAUUUAAUGUUAAUAUUGAAUACCAAAGUUUUAUGUAAUUGGCCUAAUUUGUCUAUUACUGUGUGUGUGUGUGUGUAAUCUAUCGGGGUAAAUACCUACGUUAUAUUCAGAUAUCGUGUGACAACGACGCGGUACUGGCGACCAUAAUAUGCCAUGAUACAGGUUGACCUUAGCCAUUGGACAAACCCUGAAAUCCCACGUAGGGUUACUACUUAGGAAUGCUCUGACGUUAAUAUUUUUUUAAUUAGAAAACAGAUAAAAAAAUUUGCGAUCGAAAGUUAUUUGCAAUAAUCGACAACAAAAAGAAACAUACUGUGUUAAUCUUUGGCAGUGUUUUUGACAAUUUGUUAGAAAUAUUUGAUAAUGAUGACAUUUUUCAAAAGUCAGUAGCUUUAUUAGUGUCAUAAAUAAAAAGAUAAUCAAAAAGUUCGAAGAAGGUUUCAUACUAUUAGGAGCUACUAACAAAUACAGGCUGCUCCAAACUAAUUUUUUAAUUUCUUCGAAACCGCUACACCGGUUGUUAUGAUACUUUGUACACUGGUUCUAAAUACCCUAAUGCAUUACAUUUCGGCUUUGUCCAAUGGCUAGGGACACACUGUAUAUACACUCUGGGCUGGUAAAACCCGACAGAUUUUAACCACGCAUUCCUGAGGUCAUAAGGAGCAAAACAAUUUUGUAUGAAUUUUGUUCAAAUUCUUGUUUUAAGAGAAAUAACUUUUUACAUCUUGGCGAAAAAAAAUUACUUAAAAAAAAUAAGUUUUUUUUAUUUACUGUCAAAAAUUGCGAAUGUAAUUUAUAACUUUAAUGUCUGUUAUGUAUGUUAGGUAUGUCUAAACCAACUCACAUGUCUUUGUCUCUAAAACAAGACCGAUUUCAAACUUUGUAUGACAAUGUAGUCUCUGUAUGCGAUCAAGACUACACCUCUAAAAUCUGUCGGGUUUUACCAGUCCACGGUGUAUAUUAUAUAGGUACCUGUAAACCCAUAUGCACAAAAUGUAUAACUAAUUAAAUGGAAAAUCUUGCGUCUAAUUAAUAGCCGUAGACUUAAUUAACUACCGUAUUGCAAGUGUUAAUAACUACAGAUGUAUAAUUUGCGAAAACUUUCCAAAGAGUUGGAAGGGUUCUCGGAAAUUUCAGCUAAAUUUGACAGUAAACAUAGGAAACAUUCAUUUAGGAAUUUUUUAUUUAGUUCAGUACAAAAAAAAAUACAUAACAAUAACAAAACAUUUAAGACUAACUUAGCCUAGUUAGGAAAUGGAAAAUUUCGAUUCCCAUACAAAACUAUGAAGAAGUUUCGGAAAAUUUCCGUGUGGAAAUUUUGCAAUUUUGGAAACUUCAGAUGGUACAUCAGUAUAACUGUAUGUCUGUCUCUGAUAUUACUGUCUGUCUGAUAUCACGUAGAAAAACUAGGUGAAAUAAUUAUUCAUAAAAUGACUGUCGUUUGUAACCCCCGACAAAAAAGAGGGGUAACUGCGUCCAAAUGUUUCUGGAGUGAGAUAAAACAAUAUUAAGGGGCAAACGUGGACAAAAUCUCCAUUUAUCUCAUGUAUAAUAAAUAUGUUUACAGUACAUAUGGUGCUACUUUACCGCACUGGUGCGAAAAUUAGCAUAUUACGUUACUGUGUCGAACCUUUAAAGGGCCAUAUGUACUGUAAAACGCUGUUCGAUACAUGUGCGAAUAGGUAAUUCGCAACUCGUGUCGAUUUAAAACACUCCCUUCGGUCGUGUUUCAAUUUAUCGCCACUCGUUUUGAAUUUCCUAUUUUUCGCACGUGUAACGUAAUGUACUAUUGUAAAUAUUAAAACCUUAGUGGCAUUUUCGCCUCGUUAAUGAACAAUCACACAAAAUAACUGCUAUAGAAUCUAUAGAAAGGUAACUAUCAAAAUGAAGUGUACAGUCAGCGUCAAAUACUUCGUAGCAGUCAAAGUGGCCAAAUAGUUCGGUACACCAUACUAAAUAUAUGGUGUACCGAACUAUUUGGCUACUUUGGUUGCUACAAACUAUUUGACGCUGACUGUACCUCAAUUAUUUUACGAAUUAAACGUAAAAAGUACCAACGAAAUUAUUUAUUACUUGCCAUUAUUGCACGAUUUGUUUACUCAAAUGGGGAGUUACCACGAAAAGUUACAUAGGUAUUAUUCUUUAUACCUACAUAAAAUAUCCACAAGAAAUCAAUAUGCCUAAUGGGGUUGGCAACUGUCAAAGGUUUGCAUAGAUGGCGCCAUCAUAGCUUGCCUCUGUCUCUAGUUUUGUUCUAUGAGAUUUGGCUUAAAGUACUGGAAUCCAGGUCACAAAAUUCCAAAAAAAAAACAAGAAUUUGACACAAUUCUAGGGAUUGACAGGGCAAGCUAUGAUGGCGCCAUCUGCUUAAUACUUCGACCGGCCAACCCCAUUUUUGAAAUACAUGUAACCUGCUUUGCGGUGUUUUGUCUAAGUGGCCCCACGAAGGGGGAAAAUCGUGAGCUUAUAAGUUAAAGAAUGCUUUAGUUGUGUAAUUUACUUAAGUUUUCUGUUGUAAAUGUUCAAAUUAUUUCAUUAUUGAUUGUUAGUCCUACGCCAAAGGUGCUUAGCAUAAGAUUAAAAUAAUAUAAAUGUUGUAUGUACUUCUGCAGAUUUUAUUUAUAUUGAAGGUAAAAUGCAUCACCAUAUCUUCUUACUUCAAAUACUUAAUACAAAUAAUAAGUAUGUUUGAUUUAGACCAUUCUAAAUCAAACAUAAUUACUUAGUAUUUGUAUUCUUAUAAAUUGUAGACUGGGAAUAAUUGAAUCGUGUAAGGGAAACGUGGAUGAGGCAUAUAAAAAAAGUGGCUGUGACAUAAUCGGACAGACAGACCGACAUGACGAAUCUAUAAGGGUUCCGUUUUUUGCUAUUUGGCUACGGAACCCUAAUAGUAGGGUCGGGCAGACCGUCAUAGGGCGAGAACUCAUAUCUGUACAGUCACGUCUGAAAACAUCGACACAAUCGAAGUGCCAAUAAUAUGCCCAUAUAUUAGGGUAGUGUAUACAUAUUUUUGGCACUUUGUCCGCAUCGAUAUUUUCAGACGUGACCGUACUAGGGAAUGCAAUAACCAGUCAAACUUCAUAAUCGGUUACGGUUAUGCCCGAAACAUAACCGAUAAUCGGUUAUAAUCGAUUACGGUUAUUUUCGACAAAAAAUAAUACAUUUACAAUCAAGUAAUUAAAAUUAUUACGAAAAAACGGGAAUAUUAGGGAAUGUACGUUCGUUCUACAAUAAAACACAAAUAACGGUAAAAGUCAAAAUGUGACCUUGGACGUGAAACAAUAUUCAAUCAAGAUAUUUCAUAAAUAAGGGAAGUAAAUAUGGUAUAUUUUCGUAGUACACGAAUGACAAAAAUUAUAUUUGACGACCGGUUUGGCAUAGUGGGUAGUGACCCUGCCUACGAAGCUGAUGGUCCCGGGUUCAAAUCCUGGUAAGGGCAUGUAUUCGUGUGAUGAGCAUGGAUAUUUGUUCCUGAGUCAUGGGUGUUUCCAAUGUAUUUAAGUAUUUAUAUAUUAUAUAUAUCGUUGUCUAAGUACCCUCAACACAAGCCUUAUUGAGCUUACUGUGGGACUUAGUCAAUUUGUGUAAUAAUGUCCUAUAAUAUUUAUUUAUUUUAUUUUAUAGUCCCAGGCGUCACAAACAAAAAAGGGGCAGGAUUUUGUAUCAUCAGAUCAAUUCACAGAAUUUAAUUCAUAAAUAUAUAACCGAAAAUAACCAUAGCCGAUUAUUUAAAUUUCUUUAUACAGGUUUCCUUACGAUGUUUUCCUUCACCGAAUAGGUAUGCAUAUAAGAAGAUAUAGUGAAAGAAAAUUAAGAUCUAAAUAAAACAUUGUAUAUAUUUAUUCUUAAAUUGUUAUCAAUGUUCGAAAUAUAAAUAAAGAGUUACCAAAUUGCAAA